GGGAAAUGUUUUCCCCAAUCGUUUCCGUUUCCCAGGAGCGAAACCGGCGCUGGAGAGGAAGUGACGGUUCUGUGCUUGAGAGAUGGCGGCCGCUCUCCCUCUCCAGCCCUCCACGGCCGCUUCGGCCACGACGACAGCCACGGCCGCCGCGCUGGGGGAGGUGGAAGAUGAGGGCCUCCUGGCGUCGCUAUUCCGGGACCGCUUCCCCGAGGCUCAGUGGCGUGAGAAGCCGGACGUGGGCCGCUACCUCCGGGAGCUGAGCGGCUCCGGGCUGGACCGGCUGCGGCGCGAACCCGAGCGCUUGGCGGAGGAGCGGGCCCAGCGGCUGCAGCAGACGCGCGACCUGGCUUUCGCCAACUACAAGACGUUCAUUCGCGGGGCCGAGUGCACCGAGCGCAUCCACCGGCUCUUCGGCGACGUGGAGGCGUCCCUCGGGCGCCUGCUCGACCGUCUGCCGGGCUUCCAGCAGAGCUGCAGGAACUUUGUGAAGGAAGCUGAGGAGAUCAGCUCCAACCGCCGCAUGAACACCCUGACUCUAAACCGGCACACAGAAAUCCUGGAGAUUUUAGAGAUUCCCCAGCUUAUGGACACGUGUGUCCGAAACAGCUAUUAUGAAGAGGCGCUGGAGCUUGCCGCCUAUGUACGGCGGCUGGAAAGGAAGUACUCCUCCAUCCCUGUGAUCCAGGGCAUUGUGAAUGAAGUGCGCCAGUCCAUGCAGCUGAUGCUAAGCCAGCUGAUCCAACAACUGAGGACCAACAUCCAGCUCCCAGCCUGCCUCCGUGUCAUAGGCUAUCUUCGACGCAUGGAUGUCUUCACUGAGGCUGAGUUGAGGGUGAAAUUUCUUCAGGCCCGGGAUGCUUGGCUCCGCUCCAUCCUGACUGCCAUCCCUAAUGAUGAUCCUUACUUCCAUAUCACAAAAACCAUUGAGGCUUGCCGGGUCCAUCUCUUUGAUAUCAUCACCCAGUACCGUGCUAUCUUCUCAGAUGAGGACCCCCUGCUGCCACCUGCCAUGGGCGAGUACACUGUGAAUGAGGGUGCCAUCUUCCAUGGAUGGGUGCUACAGAAAAUCUCACAGUUCCUGCAGGUGCUAGAGACUGACCUUUACCGGGGUAUAGGAGGCCGCUUGGACUCUCUGCUUGGCCAGUGCAUGUACUUUGGGCUGUCCUUUAGCCGGGUGGGGGCUGAUUUCCGCGGCCAGUUGGCUCCUGUUUUCCAGAGGGUGGCAAUCAGCACUUUCCAGAAAGCAGUUGAGGAAGCAGUGGAGAAAUUCCAGGAUGAGAUGACCUCAUACACCCUCCUCUCAACUGCAGCCAUCCUGGGCAGCAGUAACAUGCCUGCUACAGUACCAGCCACACAACCAGGGACGCUGCAGCCACCGAUGGCGCUCUUAGACUUCCCACCUCUUGCCUGCUUCCUCAACAACAUUUUGGUUGCUUUCAAUGAUUUACGUCUCUGUUGCCCUGUGGCUCUAGCACAGGAUGUGACUGGGACCUUGGAAAAUGCCCUUACCAAGGUAACCAAAACAAUCCUGGCAUUCCAUCGAGCAGAAGAGGCUGUGUUCAGCAGUGGGGAGCAUGAGAUCUUUGUCCAGUUCUGCACUGCCUUCCUGGAAGACCUUGUUCCUUAUUUGAACCGCUGUCUUCAAGUCCUUUUCCCACCAGCUCAGAUAGCCCAGACUUUAGGCAUUUCACCCACCCAGCUCUCCAAGCACGGAAACCUUGGACACGUGAACAUCAGCGCCAUCCAGGAACCUCUCGCCUUUAUUUUGCCUAAGAGAGAGACAGUUUUCUGUUUAGAUGAACAGGAGCUGGGGCCGGACCUCGUGGCCCCAGCUCCAGAGCUCCCUGCGGAGCAGCGCAGCCCGGAGCCUGUUACAGAGAAGAGGGAACCAGGGGAGCCGCUGCCUCAGGAGCCCGUGGAGGGGGAGCCGCUGCCAGCCGAGCCACCGAGUGAGGGAGGAGCCAUAGGCAGUGUCCCCUGCCCGCAGCCUGGGGAGCAGCCCUGAGGGUACGCGCUUCUGCAGCGGGAAGGUGUGUGCAGUUGCUUUGCCCAGGAUAGCGCGGGCCCUGUGGUACUUGCAGCCUUAAUAAAACCGACGACUGUCGCCACUCGCCUGCUGUUCCGGACGAUGGGCGUCCGGAAGUUACGGGGGAACUACGCUUCCCGGCUUCCCGGCGUCUGUGGCGCUAGCGGAAGGAAGGAAGGAAGGGCCGCGGCGUCUCCCCGCGCCAUGUUGCUGCUGGGCAGGCUGCCGCGGCCGGCGUGGGUCCCGCGGAGCCCGGCGCAGAGCUGCAGCUCCUCGGCCGCCUUGGAGGGCCCGGCGCGCACGCGCUCCUACUGGCGGUACCUCAGGCGCCUUGUAUGGGGCGCGCCGCAGCCGCCGUACGCGCGCGUGUGCCAGGUCGGGGACCCGGUGCUGCGCGUCGUGGCGGCCCCGGUGGAACCCGAGCAGCUAGCGGGGCCGGAGCUGCAGCGGCUGGUGGGGCGGAUGGUGCAGGUAAUGCGACGGCGCGGCUGUGUGGGCCUUAGUGCGCCGCAGCUGGGGGUGCCGCUGCAAGUGCUGGCGCUCGAGUUCCCGGACACGCUCCUCCGAGCCUUCUCACCGCGCCUGCGCGAACUGCGUCAGAUGGAACCCUUCCCACUUCGGGUGCUGGUGAACCCCAGCCUGAGGGUGUUGGACAGCCGCUUGGUCACCUUCCCCGAGGGCUGCGAGAGUGUCGCCGGCUUUCUGGCGUGUGUGCCUCGCUUCCAAGCCGUGCAGAUCUCAGGUGCUGGGGACGUGGGCAGCGGGGUGGUCUUGCUCUCCUUGGCUGGAGACAGUGCAGACACAGCGGCACUCGGGAGCCGACUGAACUCCUGAAGGGCAGGGCAGGCCCGCAUCGAUGGGUUGCAGGGUGAUUCCUUAGAUACGGAGCCUGUCUUUCCCCUUUCUCAUGGGUAGGUGUAUAGAUUUCCAUGUAAGUGUGUCUGUAUUGCACACACGAUUUUCCCAGUUUAUCGUGGUGGGGCUUGGGUAAGAAAGUGGGACCCAGAUUUACCCAGACUAGGGCAACAAACCAUUCCAUGCCUAAGCUCACAUUGUUUUAUGGAAUAUGGUUAUUUGCUACAGUGCCAAGCUGAAAUACCUUUUUUUUUUGGGGGGGGGGUUUGAGACAGAGUUUCUCUGUAUAGCCUUGGCUGUCCUGGAACUCACUUUGUAGACCAGGCUGGCCUCGAACUCAGAAAUCCGCCUGCCUCUGCCUCUGCCUCCCGAGUGCUGGGAUUAAAGGUGUGCACCACCACGCCUGGCAUGAAAUACCUUUGAUAAACAGCACUUGAAAAGUUUUGAUUUCUUAUCCUUGCCCUGUAGUAGUGCUGGGAAUCACGCUGAGUAAAACGUCGGCACUGGUCAAAGUUGGAGUAUCCUUUCUAGGAGGGAUAAGAGCUGUUAUUCACAUUCACUCUUGGAUGUUGCCUCUGUAGAUAGGAUAUAAAUAGGCAUGGCCAAGGCAGGAGACAGAAAGUAGGGACAGGAGGUUGAGCAUGAAUUCAGCAAAGCCUCACCUCAUCGAGCCUGUAACUUCCUUUGCAGGACUGGACCCAAAAGGAGAGCCAGUGGUGUGGUCAGCAAGUGGUUGGACAGCUCGAAUCAUCCAGCAUGAGAUGGAUCACUUGCAGGGCUGCUUGUUCAUCGACAAAAUGGACAGUGGGACAUUUACCAAUCUCCACUGGAUGGAGGUGAAUGACUAACACUCGCCUUAGAUUGAGGGUCUGGAAAUGCAGCAUGCAGACUAAGAUGGUCACAUCUGUGCUCAGCCUGGAAUUGGUUCCAGUCUGACAGUAAACAGUGGGCUGCUGUGUGUGCUGCUCUGAGAUGAAGAUGAUAGAAAUGCUUGCCCUGAAAUCAGAUCUGACAGAAUACGAUUACAGCAGGACUACAAAUAUACCAUUAAAGGAGUGGCUAUUUCCUGACAAUUUCCCAUGGAGAGGAGUAGGCGGUAAACAUCCUCUGUACAAAUGAGACACAUUCUACCCCCACAGCCUACGCUUGAUUGAUAAGGUAAUCCAGAUAUCCAAAAGAUUUGUUUUUUGAGACAGGGUUUCUCUGUGUAGCCUUGGCUGUCCUGGAACUCACUCUGUAGACCAGGCUGGCCUCGAACUUAAAGAGAUAUACCUGCCUCUGUACUCCUGAGCGUUGGGACUGAAGGUGCAUCACACUACUGCUGGACUUGAAAGUUGUCUUAAAAUGCAGGGUCUUAAAAGUCUGAGUGUGGUGGCACACCUUUAAUUCCAGCACUCUGCUGGCAAUCGUAGGCUAAUGUUUAAAGCCAUCAAAGGAACAUAGUGAGAUUCUCUUAAAAGAAAAAAAAGCUCAAAUCUGGGGUGAUGGCUAGGCAGUUAGGUUAAAGAGUGCUUUCUUUUUCACAACACUAGAGUUCAGUUCUGAGCAUUUACAUCAGACAACUCACUACAUCUAUACCUCCAGCUCCCGGGAAUUGAGUGCCGCCUCCUGGCCUCUGCAGGUAUUGUUUUGUGUAUAAACUUUCACAGAAACAUAAUUAAAAUAAAAUCUAAAGAACAAA